GAGAAAGAAGACAGCAUUUUACUGUACUAGCCCAGCUUUUUGUAAGCCUGGUGCAUUAAACCAGGAAGCUGUUCUUGACCUGGGGCUAUGAAGUCUUACACGCUGUAUUUCAUGCUCCUGUGGAGUGCUGUUGGGAUAGCCAGGGCUGCCAAAAUCAUCAUCGUGCCGCCAAUUAUGUUCGAAAGCCAUAUGUACAUUUUCAAGACACUGGCCACAGCGUUGCAUGAGAGAGGCCACCACACGGUGUUCCUCUUCUCAGAAGGCAGAGACAUUGCCCCAUCUCAUCACUACAGCCUCCAGCGCUACCCAGGGAUCUUCAACAGCACCACCUCGGAUGUUUUCAUGCAGUCCAAAAUGCGGAAUAUUUUCUCUGGAAGAUUGACAGCAAUUGAACUGUUUGACAUACUGGAUCAUUACACUAAGAACUGUGACAUGAUUGUUGGCAACCAAGCCCUAGUCCAGAAUCUGAAAAAAGAGAAGUUUGACCUGCUGCUGGUGGACCCUAAUGACAUGUGUGGAUUUGUGAUAGCUCAUCUCUUAGGGGUUAAAUAUGCUGUAUUUUCAACUGGCCUUUGGUAUCCUGCAGAGGUGGGUGCUCCUGCCCCUUUAGCCUAUGUCCCAGAGUUUAACUCACUUCUCACAGACCGCAUGAACUUGCUGCAAAGGAUGAAAAAUACCGGCGUUUACCUCAUUUCCAGAAUAGGAGUUAGCUUUCUGGUUCUUCCCAAAUAUGAAAGGAUAAUGCAGAAGCACAACCUGGUGCCGGAGAAGUCCAUGUACGACCUGGUCCACGGCUCCAGCCUAUGGAUGCUGUGCACCGAUGUGGCUCUGGAGUUUCCAAGACCUACUCUGCCCAACGUUGUUUAUGUCGGAGGGAUCUUGACCAAGCCAGCCAGCCCGCUGCCAGAAGACCUGCAGAGGUGGGUGAAUGGUGCUAGCGAACACGGCUUUGUCCUGGUGUCCUUUGGAGCCGGGGUCAAGUACCUCUCAGAAGACAUUGCUUACAAAUUAGCAGGAGCUCUGGGGAGACUGCCUCAAAAAGUGAUUUGGAGGUUUUCUGGAACCAAACCAAAGAAUCUAGGAAACAACACGAAAUUAAUAGAGUGGUUACCACAGAAUGACCUACUCGGGCACUCAAACAUUAAAGCCUUUCUAAGCCAUGGAGGUCUGAAUAGUAUUUUUGAAACUAUGUAUCACGGUGUUCCUGUAGUGGGAAUUCCACUCUUUGGAGACCAUUAUGAUACCAUGACCCGUGUACAGGCUAAAGGCAUGGGGAUAUUGCUCGAAUGGAAGACAGUUACUGAAGGGGAGUUAUAUGAAGCUCUGGUGAAAGUUAUCAAUGAUCCCAGCUACCGCCAGAGAGCUCAGAAGCUGUCCGAAAUCCAUAAGGACCAGCCUGGCCACCCUGUAAACCGCACUGUCUACUGGAUAGACUACAUCCUUCGCCACAAUGGAGCGCACCACCUGCGGGCCGCUGUGCACCAGAUCUCCUUCUGUCAGUAUUUCCUACUGGACAUCGCCUGUGUGUUCUUCCUCAGUGCUGCCUUGGUUUACUUCCUCUUGUCCUGGGUCACAAAAUUUAUCUACAGAAAAAUCAGAGGCCUGUGGUCUAGAAGUAAGCAUAGCACGGUUAAUGGACACUAUCACAAUGGAAUCCUGAAUGGCAAAUACAAAAGAAAUGGCCAUAUUAAGCAUGAGAAGAAAGUGAAAUGAGCCAGAAGCCCAGGUGAUGGGAACAUAUGUGUUCAGUCAUUGAAUUCUUAUUGCAAUAAUUUAGUCUAACAGCUACUAAAAAUAAAGUGUCAGAAACAAGUCUAAUCCUCCCUUAUCGGAUCUUACUAAUGAAAUUCUGUGUAAUUAAGAUGGAUGUAAGCAGCACAAACCUAAAAUGCAAAAAUGUAUUUUAUUCAAAUACUGAUGCAGAGUUUUGGCACUGAACCUUUUAGAAGCCUUAAUUAUUUAAAUCAGUUAAGUGACUAUGUCAGACCUUAGUUUUAAAUCUUGAUGUGUGUUUGUCACAGAUAAGCAGUGGUUUCUUUUCUCUUGGGGUGUGUGUGUGUGUGUGUGUGUGUGUGUGUGUGUGUAUGUGUCUCAUAAUUCAGAGUGUUGUGGUUAGCUGCUUAUUGUCAGGGUACAACAUUCAAGAAUGAUGUAAAAAGUUAGGGCCCAUGUGUUUCUCCCCCCCAGCAUUUCCCAUGUGUGUACUCAACAUGGUGAAAGAACACUUUUUCUUAGCACUGAAUGCAGAGGAAGGAAAUGAAAAGAGAAAUGACACAGCAUUUCAUAUUUUUUAUUUUAUUUUUUUUUUCUUUUACUUCCCAGUUCUUAGGGCUACAAAGAUUUUCAGGAUAAAACAUAUAAUUAAGGAAAUAUAUAAAUUUGUUACCACAUUUUACUUUAAUUUUCUCCCUAAAUGAAUAUUGUCAGUAAUAUUCCACUGGAAGAAUUAUAUAGUUUUUCUGUUUUGUUUUAAUGCAUAAUGUGUUCAGUGCAUAACUAAGACAAAACAACAAAACUCUGACUUUUGUCCAAACUACAAAAGAGUAUCACUCAGAUGACUGUUGCAAACAGGGCCAGGACUGGAAUAUUUACUGUACCUGUCUGAAAGCUUCCCGCACUGUAUAUCUGGAGUACUCAGGUGUUACAGUUCCAGAGUUUUAACCUGAACCACCAUCUUUUUCAUCCCCUCUAUUGUGUGAGCCACACAGUCAGUAGCACACAGGUGCCAACAGUUUAUUUGUUUAAAGUGAAAUGCUGGGGCUUUUUCCUGGUAUGGUUUUGUCUGCAGAAGCACAUGAUACACAGACCUGACAGAAAUUCUCCUGUUCAUGUAGAAGACUUUUCCUUCUCACUUCUGCAGCCCCAACUCAACAGUCUUUUCUAUGAGCCUGGCUGAGACAGGAGAGUGACAGUAUUCAUUUAGAGCAAGGACGCAAGUCACAGACACCAGAAAGUUCGGUUCUCCCACUGAGGCAUUCACUAGGCAGCAGCUGUAAGUUUAUCCCAUGUCAUUCUGUUUACUUAGCAUUUGCACUACACACUUGAGUUUAUGCUUUAUUUAUUUGUAGAUUGAAAUCUUGUGUCUGACAGCUGAGAAUAGCAGAGUACAUAUACCUAAGUCAUUUACUAACGUGGAAGAGUUGUGCAAAUUCUAGAAUGCUGUGAGUCCUUGUCAUACACGGUGACAUAUGGCUUUAUUAUUCUCCCACCAGGAGCCAGUCUCCUAUAGUAGAAAUAAUGUCACAAGUAGUUUUCUAAUGCCUAUGCAGACACAUGUACUGCUCUCUGAAUACUUGAAGAAAUGGUAUCACAUAUAGAAGCCUGUUAGUUAUACCUUUCACAAUCUUUCCAUAACUUUGCCGUUAAAAGGGAAAAGCACAGGCAAUGAAUGGUGGGAUGGUAGCAGGACUUUAGAGUGUAUGAAUGAGGUGAUUUUGCUUUUUUGGAAUUUGAUGAAGUUGACAGUAGGACUAGUGGGAUGAAUGAGUGAAUAUAAGUUAAUCUCCACUGUGAUAAAAACUUUAAUAAACAUGAUUUAAAAUAGAGAAAUGUUGUUGGAAUAAAAUUUUUAUUCAGAUUUUA